AUGGAUAUUAUAUCCACAUCGUAUCUUACGGAGGAGAACAACUUUGUGGUAAACGGGAAGGAGGAGGAGGAGGAAGGGGGGAAGGUCGAAGGGCAAAUAAAAGAUGAGAAGUACCAGGCAGGAGGCAUGCAAGAUGAUUUGCACAGCGUGGACGCAGCGGUCCAGAGGGAGCAAAAACCAUCCUGGGCUCCCUGCUUCUACUACAAGAUUGAUAGAGAAGUGUACCGCUACGUCGGGCAGGAGAUCAUCAUUCAAGAGUCUGUUGACACCUAUGGAGGCAUGAUAUGGCCAGGGGCUUUGGCUCUCUGUCACUACCUUGAGACUCACUGCGAACAGUUAUGUCUUCUGGACAAGGCUGUCCUGGAGAUUGGAGCAGGAACUGGCCUCUUGUCCAUUGUAGCAACACUACUUGGUGCCUGGGUGACAGCCACAGACCUUCCAGAUGUUCUGAGUAACUUGAGACUCAACCUGUCCAAGAACACCAGGGGGCGAUGCAGGCACACACCCCAGGUAGCAGCUCUGUCCUGGGGUUACGACCUGGAACGCACCUACCCCAAGUCUGUGUACCGCUACGAUUACAUACUGGCUGCUGACGUGGUUUAUCAUCACGACUUCCUAGAUGAGCUUCUGGUCACCAUGAAGCAUUUCUGCCAACCAGGGACGACCCUGAUCUGGGCCAAUAAGAUCCGGUUUGAGACAGAUCUGACUUUCACCGAGAACUUCAAAAAGGCCUUCCACACAAGUCUGCUGGCUGAAGACAGAGAGGGAGAGAUCAAAAUUUUCAUGGCAACUUGCAGAGAGGGAAAGAAAGAAAGGGAUGUGACUGAGGAAUUGCAGGAUAUGCUGGAGAAGGAGCUCAGAGAGGGGGAGGAAGAGGAGCAAGAGAAGAAGAUAGAGGAAGGAGAAAGCGAAGGAGUGAAGGGGGAGGAAGAGGAUAGACAAGAGAAGAGCACAGAAAGAGAGGAAGAGGAGAGGUGGAGUCAAUCAUCUGGGCAGAUAAUAGAUCUCAAAGACGAAGGCUAUGAAGAGGAUGAGAAGGAUGAAAGAGAGGAUGCUGACUCAAGAUGUAGUACAGCAGACAGCGAUGAAGACGUUACCGGGCUGGAGCAAGUGAAGCAGACCGCUGAGUAUCAAGAGAAAAAGCCUGUCUGGGCUCCUAACUGGUAUGGCAGGCAUGGCAAAGAUCUCUACUACUAUGUAGGACAGGAGAUUGGCAUUUAUGAGUCCAUAGACACCUAUGGGGCAGUGAUGUGGCCAGCGGCGUUGUCUCUGUGUUCCUUCCUGGACAAAAACAGGCAGACCCUGAACCUGCAGGGGAAGACGGUCCUGGAGUUGGGCUCAGGCACAGGUCUGGUAGCCAUCGUGGCCGCUCUACUGGGCGCUUCAGUAACAGCCACUGACUUACCUGAUGUACUGGGCAACUUAAAGGCCAAUUUGAUGAGGAACACCAGGGGGCGCUGCCUGUACACACCCCAAGUAGCAGCUCUGUGCUGGGGUCCCGACCUGGAACACACUUACCCCAAAUCUGUGUAUCGCUACGACUACGUGCUGGCCAGCGACGUGGUUUAUCAUCACGACUUCCUAGAUGAGCUUCUGGUCACCAUGAAGCAUUUCUGCCAACCAGGGACGACCCUGAUCUGGGCCAAUAAGAUCCGGUUUGAGACAGAUCUGACUUUCACCGAGAACUUCAAAAAGGCCUUUCACACAAGUCUGCUGGCUGAAGACAGAGAGGGAGAGAUCAAAAUUUUCAUGGCAACUUGUAAAGAGAUGUGA